UGUGGGCUAUGUGGUUGUAAUGCAAGCCUGUGCUGUUUCUGUGGUUGCUCUAUAUUUGGAUUCUGUCUCAACAGCUUGCUGGUGAAGAGGACGCCCAGGAGCGUUGGCUACAGACCAGACUUUGUAGGAUUUGAAGUUCCUGACAAGUAUCUAGUGGGAUACGCGCUAGACUAUAACGAGUACUUUAGAGAUCUCAAUCAUAUCUGUGUGAUCAGUGAACAUGGCAAAGAGAAGUACAAAGAGUGAAGAGCCCAGACGAACGCCUAGCUGGGAAUGAUUAUAUUAUUAUGAAUUAUUAGACUGUUUUAUAUUUUAAAAGCAGUGGUUUAAGGAUCCAUUUUGUAUUUACAGUUUCUUGGCACAGGACCCAGCCAUCGUCCCCCACACACCCUGCAGGCUGCUGUCACUCUCGAACCCGUAGCCAGCCACUCGCUCUCCCAAACGUUUUAGAGACAGGCGCGUUU